AUGCCGCACUUGCAGAUUCGCCGGUCUUUCCGGGUCCCAGGUGCUGCUCGCGUUUUUGCCUCAUUGACGAAACGGUCGAACGCAUCCACUCAGAAGUACAACGCGCCGGAGUGGGACGGAAACCAGAGGUUCAAUCAUGAAUCCCGUCUCUGCGUUCCUGCAGAAGAAGUCGAUUGCGAGGCCGGAGGAGAAACUCCUCCCGGGGUGCAGCACAUCAAUAGACUGACAGGAGUCACGAACAGUGUAGAGGAUCCGUCUCCCAAGAGCCCGGGCUCACAGCUGCAGGCUGUCGCAGGAAUGGCAGAAAAUCACUCAAGCGGAGUUUUGGCGGCGACAUCUGCGUCGGCUUUAAAAAGUGAAUCAACGGGUCCAUUCAGAGAUUCUGUAGAAAUUGUGCAGCAGGAACGUUCUUCCUCCUCAGUCAAGGGGAAAGCAAGUAUUCCAUCUGCAGUUGAGACCGACAACCCGUCAUUGACGGUAACGCGGCCAUCAGGAAAAACUUCAUAUGGAGGCGAAAGUGCACUUGACGCAAUUCGACCAUGCCCUACGCGGGUGGCAUUCACAGUAAAAGAGCAACGCAGUUUAGAAGGAAUUGUCAGACGGAGGCACACAAAGCAGGGACAGUCGCGUGAAUCUCGCCGCGCUGCGGCGGCGGGGAAACUGACUAGUAAGAAAGAACGCCCUUAUCAGGAGAAGGCUCGUCUUUUCUUGAAUGGCGAAGUGUCUGCGGCACUGUUCGUGGAGCUUGGGAUCGCGACUUCGUGUAGGAAAGGUUUGAAGAAGGGUUUUUUUAACCAGGAUGACUUUUUUGCAUAUCAAUGUGACGAGUGGGGCUUGUACGGCGUGUUCGAUGGGCACGGUCCUGGAGGGCAUCUGGUGGCAAAUUUCGUUCAGUGGCACCUACCAAAUAUUAUACACGAAUACAUGAUCACGAAUGAUCCUAAAGUGGCACUUUAUCGGGCGUUUAUUCGAGUGAACGCCAUGUUGAAGGACGCCUCUGAGGCUCAGAAAUUCGACAGCGCAUCAAGUGGGUCAACGGCAUCUGUCGUUUUGCACCGAAGAGAGGAGCGCAAGCUCUUCUUCGCCCAUGUAGGGGAUUCAAGGAUUGUACUAGCCAGACGGAACUCUCAGGGGCGACUAGUUGCAGACUGUGUGACGAAGGAUCAUAAACCGGACGAUCCGACAGAACGGGCGAGGAUCGAGAGGAACGGAGGAGAGGUUCGGCGCCCUACAGGUCACAUUCCUCACCGGGUUUUCUUAAAAGGCAAGAACUAUCCGGGGCUUGCCAUGUCAAGAUCUAUCGGCGACUCCAUGGGUCACUGCGCCGGGGUUACGCCAGAGCCCGAUGUGUCCGAUUUCGACCUGCUCGAGGAUCGUGACGAAGUGGUGAUAAUGUGUACGGACGGAGUAUGGGAGUUCAUAACCCCUGACGAAGUCGUAGAGAUAGUCAGCCGCUAUAGCAUAUACCAGGCAGACGAGGCUGCUCAAGAGCUCAGUCGGGAAGCAUGGAGACGAUGGCUGGAACAGGACGGACAUUCGGUGGAUGACAUUACAGUUCAGAUUAUUCAUCUCUUCCCUCCAGCCCAGGACAAGGACUCGCGCAUACAUGCGCAUUAG